AUGGACGUGGACUGCGAGGUCUCGGCGGCGGCGGCCGCGGCGGUGACGAACGGGCUGGGCGGCGGGGAGCAGGCCGCCGCGGCGCCGCCGGUCUCCGCCGACCAGCUCGACGUGGAGGCGUACGCGGCGCAGUACUCGGGCCGGACCCGCGUGGCGCGGCUCCUCUUCAUCGCGGAGCGGUGCGGGGUGGAGGCGAUCCAGCUCGAGGCGCUGCGGAUGGCGCACGACGAGGCCAGGGCGCGCGAGGACACCGUGCUCUACCUCGACGCCGUCCUCAAGAUCAACGGCCGCCUCGGCCCGCGCUACCGCCACGACCAGGCCUGGGUCGACUCCGUCAACCGCCGCGCCGAGCAGCGCAAGGAGAAGCUCGAGACCGAACUCAACGGCUACAGGACUAACCUGAUCAAAGAGAGCAUCAGAAUGGGUUAUAACGACAUUGGUGACUUCUUCUAUGCUCAUGGUCACCUUUCGGAAGCCUUCAAAAGCUAUAUCCGGACACGGGACUAUUGCACCACUUCCAAGCAUAUAGUUCAAAUGUGUAUGCAUGUGAUUCUGGUUAGCAUUGAGUUGGCACAGUUUGCACAUGUUACCAACUAUGUCAGCAAAGCAGAGCAAACCCCAGACACGUUGGAUGCUGUCAUUGUUGCCAAGUUGCGAGCAGCUGCAGGAUUGGCCAACUUGGAGACAAAGAAAUACAAACUUGCUGCCCGCAAGUUUCUUGAGACAGGACCUGAACUAGGAAGCAACUAUUCUGAAGUCAUAGCUCCGCAAGAUGUGGCUGUUUAUGGUGCCCUUUGUGCACUUGCUUCUUUCGAUCGUUCAGAACUUAAGAGCAAAGUUAUUGACAACAUAAACUUCCGUAACUUUCUUGAGCUAGUGCCUGAAGUAAGGGAGCUGGUCAAUGAUUUUUAUGCAAGUCGCUAUGGAUCAUGCUUGGAGCAUCUUGAGAAGCUAAAGCCGAAUCUCCUUCUGGAUAUCCAUCUCCGUGAGCAUCUUGGGACUCUGUACAAUGAUAUCCGCCACAAGGCUAUCAUACAGUACACGCUUCCGUUCAUAUCUGUGGAUCUCAACACAAUGGCUAGUGCCUUCAAGAGCUCAGUGUCCAUGCUGGAGAAAGAGCUGGCUGCACUGAUCACCGAGAACAAAAUACAGGCCCGGAUCGACUCCCACAACAAGAUCCUGUAUGCGAGGCAUGCUGACCAAAGAAACGCAACCUUCCAGCGGGCCCUCGAGACGGGCAAUGAGUUUGAGAGAGAUAUCAAGGCCAUGCUCCUGAGAGCCAACCUCAUCAAGCACGAUUUCAACCAGAAGAACUGGCCUGGACAAAGGAAGAUGAACUUGUGA